UCAGCGUUGUUUAGGGACAUUAGGAAGAUGGCGGCUGCCCAGCUUUACUGUGUCUGCCGGCAGCCCUACGAUUUUAGCCUGUUUAUGAUCGAAUGCGACAUUUGUAAGGACUGGUUCCACGGCAGUUGUGUUCAGAUAUUGGAGCACUAUGCUGCUGAUAUCGAUGUUUAUCACUGUCCCAACUGUGAACCCAUCCACGGACCCUCCCUGAUGAAAAAGCGUAAUAAUUGGCACAGGCAUGACUACACAGAGCCAGAUGAUGGCACGCGCCCGGUGCAAGCGGGUACUGCUGUGUUUGUACAGGAACUCCAGGACAGGAGCUUUGCCAGUGACGAUGAGGUUCUGGUGCGGAUGCAGGGCAGUCAGGUGACCCAGCGUUACCUGGAGAGUGAGGGCUUCCAUUACCCCAUAUUGGUGCCUGAACUAGAUGGACUGGGGCUCAAACUCCCUCCCCCUUCUUUCUCGGUCAGAGAUGUGGAACACUACGUGGGUUCAGAUAAAGUUAUCGAUGUAAUCGAUGUCGCAAGACAAGCAGACAGCAAGCUGAAACUGGGAGAGUUUGUGAAAUAUUACUAUCUACCCAAACGGCCCAAAGUGUUGAACGUUAUCAGCCUGGAGUUCUCGGAUACAAAGAUGUCUGAUUUGGUUGUGGUUCCUGAGAUAGCGCAGAAGAUGUCUUGGGUGGAGAACUACUGGCCAGAUGACUCGUUCUUCCCCAAACCGUUUGUGCAGAAGUACUGUCUCAUGGGGGUGAAAAACAGUUACACAGAUUUCCACAUUGAUUUUGGAGGAACCUCAGUGUGGUACCAUGUUCUCUGGGGAGAGAAGAUUUUUUACUUGAUCAAGCCGACGAAGGCUAACCUUGCACUAUAUGAAUCAUGGAGCUCAUCACCCAAUCAAAGCGAAGUAUUCUUUGGAGAUAAAGUCGACAAGUGUUACAAAUGCUUGGUGAAGCAAGGAUCUACCAUCCUUCUCCCCACUGGUUGGAUCCAUGCAGUGCUCACCUCUCAGGACUCCAUGGCGUUUGGGGGGAACUUUUUGCAUAACUUAAACAUAGGAAUGCAGCUCAGGUGUUAUGAGAUGGAACGCAGACUGAAAACUCCAGAUCUCUUUAAGUUCCCGUAUUUUGAGGCCAUAUGCUGGUAUGUGGGCAAAAACCUUCUGGAGACCCUUAAAGAGCUGCGGGAGGAUAAAUGUCAACCUCAGGGUUUUCUGGUGGAGGGGGUGAAAGCUUUAAUCUCAUCACUUAGGACAUGGCUGAGGAGAGAGUUGACUCAACCUAACAGUGAGGUUCCAGAUAAUAUUAGGCCAACCCAUCUCAUUAAAGCUCUGACCAAGGAGAUCCGCUACCUAGAGGAGGAUCCAAAUAAAUGUAUAAAAUCUCAGGGAAGUGCUGAGUGCCUUUUACCACGCUCAUCACUGGAGAGGGGAUUUCAGGCACGGCGGCGGCUGCGAAAACAACAUCGCCAUCAACACCACCAUCAUCAACAUCAUAACUAUAGCAGCCGUAAACUGCCCUCCAAUCUGGACAUUCUGGAGUUGCACACGCUGGAGGUGCUGAAGAGACUCGAGGUCGGGCCACUGGAGGAGGAUCCAACUUUCAGCUCCAAAGUGAACGGGAAAUUCAAGAAAGUUUCUUCAGCAUCUGCAAUAAGUGCUGAGGCUAGUAAUGACAACGCCCUGCGCCUGGUAAUGUGUAAUGGCAAAAUCAUGCGAGAGAGGCUAACUAAUGGAGCAGUUCAGCUUAAUGGAGUGGAAAUUUCCCAAUGCCAUCAACAUGAGGUGGAGGUGGAAAGAUUGUCCAUAUGCCCACAACAAGAAGUGAAGAAAGAAAAGACAGAGGAGGAGUUUGGAUUACACUGCACUAUCAUGAAACCAAUCAAUUAUGGUGUAACUGUGCAGACAGAACUCGGGACAGAGUCAUCACGACAUGCAGCGUCUUUAGACACUGACUCUGAAUCAGAAGCAGAGGAUUCUGCUGAGAAGCGCUCCUCAGAGUCAGAGAGUUCUGAGGAAGAGGAUGGAGGAAACCAGAGAGACUCAGGGAGUUUUGUGGAGCAUUUGAGCGGCCACAGCCACCAUAAACAACCGCUAAAACGAGAACGUCCUAUCUCGCCGAGCACCAAUGACGCCAUUCAGGGCAUGUUGUCAAUGGCGGGGCUGCUGUAUCAGCAGGCGGCAGGAGGCGGCACUGUUCUACAGCAGCCUUGGUGGUCCAUUCAGGGUAACGGUAACAGCAACAGCAGCAGUGAUACCUGGGACAGUAGUGAGUCCUGCUCAGCAUCCAACAGCCCACAGGGAGAGGAUGGGAGUCUUGGAGAAGAAUACUCGUACAGGGAUAGCUCACUGUCUCCUCCCCUACACCCCUCGAAAAGACAGGAACCCAACCCCACACCCAUCAGCAACCAGGCCACAAAAGGAAAACGUCCUAAGAAAGGACAGGCGACGGCUAAGCAGAGGCUUAGGAAGAUGCUGAAAAUGAGUUGCCAUCAAGGCCUUUUCCUGUAGCAUGACGGAGGAAUGAAUGAGGCUACGUGUAAUAAAUCAAACACGGCUGCUUUUUUUUAUAGGCUGGGAUUAAAGUUACACACACACAUUCUCUUACUGUGCAUGUUUAGGUGACAGGGUGUUUAAUGGCUCUAUCUCACUUUUUCCACCAAUCACAUGAAAUGUACAACAUUUUGUCCAUCAGUGCAGGGAGACUGGGUAUUCUUUGGAAAACAAAACAUGAACAGCCAAAAGUGUGAAAAGGAAGCACAGGAAAUCUUGUACGUUGAAUUUAGUCAUGGUAAGAGAUGCUUGCUGAAGUUUGUUUGCAUUUCCACUGCCAGGAAAUUGAUCUGCAAGCGGGUAUCACAGGCAGAGGCCUUUUUCUCCCCUACCCUACCUCCAAACACAGCUGUAGCAUGAGUGCGCAGGCUAAGGAUGUCUUCCUAGUCCUCUACAUCCUGACAUUGGGACUGUUGCAUAGAUAUUUGGAUUCCUAAUUGCCCUUAAAGGGAUAGUUUAUUCAACUACCCUUGUGUUGUUCCAAACGUGUUGAACUACCCCUUUUGUGUUCUCAAAAGAAAGUCAUAGGGGUUCGGAAUGACAUGAGGGUGAGUAAAUGAUGCCAAUUUCAUUUUUGGGUGAACUAUCCUUUAAGUCAUGAUAUUCACCUGUUUCCUUCCCCAUUGAUUGUCUCAGGCCAGGGUGUUUUGAAAUGGUGCUGAACAUUUGUAUAUCCUUCACUAACCCUCCCUGCCCCUUUAAGCAAUAAUUGUACUGCUAUGAGUGAUGAUGUGUCAAUAAGUUGAUGAUUUAGUGGGCUGCACUUUUAGGAUGCAAAAUCCUCUCUACGUACGUAUUGGAAAGCAUGGCCACAACCAGACAGCCAUUAAAUAUAAAAGGGUGUACAUUCUGUAUAGCUAUAUCGUUUUCCCUUGAUUUGACAGCAUUUAUCUUUAUUCCUUAGUGGACUUAAAUAGACUAAUUAAAGGAAUAUACUGGGUUCAAUUCAAAUUAAGCUUUAUUUAGCUUAAUUAAGACUUUAUUUUUGGCGGGAAUGAAUGAGGCUGCGAGGGAUAGACUUACCAUGCACUGUAUAAACUUCCUAGAUCACAUUUAAUUUUCCACAACUCGACUUGCUUUGUUUUCUGAAUUGUUUUUGGAAAGAAUUUUAUAAUGUUUCAUCAGCGGAACGAUCCAAAACACUUUACAGUACAACCCAUUGAAAAGACUGCAAGUAUAUCCCUAACAGCUUUGUUUUUAUUCCCGUCAGAAUCUAAAAAUGGCGCCACUGUAAGGUCAAUUGCCAGCAUCUGAAAAUCAUUUUGAAUCGCUCCUGACUUUGUAAAAACUAAACAAAAACAACAAAAUAUGUUGACGGAAAUUAAUGCAUAAUGGAAGUCUAGGGGAAAUCAUAAAGUUGGACACGUACUGCCGUUGGAAGUGCGUUUCUGUUAGUGAGUGUUUUUGUUUUUCUUAACUGAGGAACCAAUCGCAAUUAAUUUCUGUGGUAAUCUAGAGCAUGCCAAAGAUGCCGUCAAUGGACCUUAACUAGUGAUUCACCCGGACUAUUCCUUUAAGCGGGGGAAAAUCUAUCUAUAUCUAUAUAUAUAUAUCUAUAUCUAUAUAUAUCUAUAUAGAUAUAUAUAUAUCUCUCUCUCAAUCAUGGUGACUAAUUAACUUGCCUGUUGGCGACACCUGGUGGCCGUAGAGAGGGAUUGCAUCCUGAAGUAUUACUUGUGAAAUACUGUUUGUGAUGUCGUUUGCAAUGACUGAAUAUGCUGUCGUGCUCAGCCUGCAUAAUUUAUGUUGUUCUGUUUAGUUUGUUGCUAAUGUCAUAUUUUUGUUGACUGGAUAACUUAUUUAUUAAUUUCAAAGAUAUGAAUGAGUUAUAUUGCAUAUGAGUUAUAUUGAGGUUCCUGUUUUUCCUUUGCAUUGAUUUAUUUCUGUAAAUACGAGUAUCAUUUUGAAUGUUAUCAAUUUAAGAGGAAUUGGGUUUUGUUUGGGUUCGGCUUUACAUAUUUUUUUUUUUUUUUUUAUUAACACAAUUAAUGCUACUUUGAUUUUUUUUUAUUUCCUGUCAAAUUUACCUCUGAAAUGUUAGUGGAACAUUCCUUUCAUUUUGAACGUAAUGCUUUAUAAUGUGUGGUGGUUUUUUAUGACUUGUUGA